AUGCUGCAAACAUGUUCUUUUAAACUCGUUCACUCUUCUAUUAUUGUUAAGGUGAUCGACCAUGUGCAGAAGAAAUUCGCUGAAUUGGGAAGUCCUAAUGAAAUGAAGGUGUACAGUUUUGGUGAAGGGGCCAAAGCCUGGAUGUCUGACUUUAACCAUCCACACUACAUGGCUGGUCGCAGAGCAAUGAAGACAGUUUUUGGCGUUGAGUCGGACCUGACCCGUGAGGGCGGGAGCAUUCCCAUCACUCUGACCUUCCAGGAGGCGACAGGCCGGAACGUCAUGCUGCUUCCUAUCGGAUCCUCCGAUGAUGGAGCUCACUCACAAAAUGAAAAAAUCAAUAGAUCAAACUACAUUCAAGGAAUCAAGAUGCUGGCUGCCUACUUCCAUGAAGUUUCACAACUGGGUUGAACUCAUAAAGUCUUUUCUUAAAUAACAUCUACACUGAUUCUCAGAACCUAAACCCUUUUGGUACAGUUUUUACUUUUCAAUCAAAAGCGUUUCUGUAGACGUCUGACAGUAAACUGGCUUUCACAUUAAUCAGUUUUAGACACUGGUGAUAUUUCCUUCUUAUGGUGUUUUCAUGUUUAGUUAAUGCUACAAAUUUGCUGUUGACAAUAAGGAUAUUCUACUUUAUGAUGAUUUUCUUUUGCAAAUUGCUGCAGAAAUAUGAUACAUAAACAUAUGAUAAAUGAGAAGAUAUUGCUUUAAUUUACUAACAUCUAAACAAGCAUACAUUUUAAUGACUUUACAGUUUUUGAAUAAUUGGUCUACACCAGUCAUAAUCUGUAAUAACUUCUUUUUAAUUGAACAGGCAUACACCUGCUAUUUGCAUGCUGUUGUACAUUUUGCGUUUAUUUUAAAUUUUUAUCUUUUUAUGUCAGUAGCAAACGGGAAGCGUCUAUCACGUGAAAAGAGUCACACAUCAGUAUAAAUGACUGACAUCAGCUGAACUGGAACCAACGGAAACCACAGGAUCAAGAACCAACACGCUAUAGGAAUACAGAACGCACGUAAACGGCGCCGCCAUAUUGCGAGUGGCUUUUUUUGUAAUUUGUACACAAAUUUGCGUAAUAAGCCUCUUUUGUUUUGUAUAUUAAGCUAUGUGUCUUUUGUUUGACUGCUAAAUUAAAAAUAUACAAAACUUCAAUCGGCUUGAGGUGUGUAUAAGAGUUAUUGUAAGUUUAUUUCUGGUUUAAAAAUUACAAAGAAUAUUUGAUUUUA